GGGCUGCCCCAGACCUUAGAGUUGCCGGAUACCUUGUGACAAGACAAUGGCUGAGUAUCUCAGGCUGCCCCACUCUCUGGCGCUGAUCCGCCUCUGCAACCCGCCGGUCAACGCCAUCAGUCCAGCUGUAAUCAGGGGAAUAAGAGAUGGACUCCAGAAAGCUGGGUCGGACUACACGAUUAAAGCCAUUGUGAUCUGUGGAGCAAAUGGCUCCUUCUGUGCAGGUGCUGAUAUCCAUGGCUUCAGCUCUCCCUCCCUUGGCCUUUCACUUGGAAGUCUGGUGGAUGAAGUACAGAGAUUCCAGAAGCCAGUGGUGGCGGCUAUCCAGGGUAUGGCUCUUGGAGGAGGACUAGAGCUGGCCUUGGGCUGUCACUAUCGUAUUGCCAAUGCAAAGGCUCAUGUUGGCUUUCCAGAAGUCACACUGGGGCUUCUCCCUGGUGCGAGAGGAACCCAGCUUCUCCCCAGAGUCGUUGGAAUUCCUGUUGCUCUCGACCUGAUUACCUCAGGAAGACAUAUUUUAGCAGGUGAAGCACUCAAGCUUGGCAUUCUGGACGAAGUUGUGAAGUCAGACCCAGUUGAAGAAGCCAUCACAUUUGCUCAGAAGAUUAUGGAUAAACCUUUAGCGCCCCGCCGGAUCUUAAACAAGCCAGUGCCAAGCUUGCCCAACAUGGACAGUGUUUUCGCCGAUGCCAUCGCCAAGGUGCGAAAGCAGUACCCCGGCCGCCUGGCGCCAGAGACGUGUGUCCGUUCCAUCCAGGCCUCCGUGAGGCAUCCCUACGAGGUGGCCAUCAAGGAGGAAGAAAAGCUGUUUAUGUACCUGAAGGCGUCAGGGCAGUCGAAGGCCCUGCAGUACGCCUUUUUCGCUGAAAGAUCUGCAAAUAAGUGGUCAGUUCCCUCAGGGGCAUCUUGGAAAACAGCAUCCGCUCAGCCAGUCUCCUCAGUUGGCGUCCUUGGCUUGGGCACAAUGGGCCGUGGCAUUGCCAUUUCUUUUGCAAGGGUGGGGAUCCCUGUGGUUGCUGUGGAGUCAGACCCCAAGCAGCUAGAAGUUGCAAAGAAGAUAAUAAAUUCCUCCUUGGAAAAGGAGGCAUCCAUAAUGCAGCAGCGUGGCCAAACUCCAGCAGGACCAAAACUCCGCUUCUCCUCCUCCACAAAGGAGCUUGCAAGUGUGGAUUUAGUGGUUGAAGCAGUGUUUGAAGAUAUGACCUUGAAGAAGAAGGUCUUUGCUGAACUGUCAGCCCUGUGUAAGCCGGGAACCCUUCUGUGCACCAACACGUCGGCGCUGGACGUGGAUGAGAUCGCGUCUUCCACGGGUCGCCCUGAGCUGGUGAUUGGCACCCACUUCUUCUCACCAGCUCAUGUCAUGAGGUUGCUAGAAGUCAUUCCCAGCCGGCACACUUCCCCCAGCACCAUCGCCACUGUGAUGAGCCUCUCCAAAAGGAUUGGAAAGAUUGCCGUCGUUGUCGGCAAUUGCUACGGAUUUGUUGGGAAUCGAAUGUUUGCUCCCUAUAACCAACAGGCGUAUUUUUUGUUAGAGGAAGGCAGUAAGCCAGAGGAGGUAGAUGGGGUCUUAGAAGAGUUUGGUAUGAAAAUGGGACCCUUCAGACUAUCUGACCUUUCAGGGAUAGAUAUAGGUUGGAAAGUUCGCAUGGGGCAAGGCCUUACUGGGCCAUCAUUGCCACCAGGAACUCCUGCCCGAAAGCGGGGCAACAACAGAUACUCCCCAAUUGCUGAUAUGCUCUGUGAAUCUGGGCGAUUUGGUCAGAAGACAGGCAAGGGCUGGUAUCAGUAUGACAAGCCGCUGGGGCGGGUUCACAAGCCAGAUCCCUGGCUUGCCAAGUUCCUCUCACAGUAUAGAGAGACCCAUUGCAUCGAGCAGCGCUCCAUCAGCAAGGAGGAGAUCCUGGAGCGGUGCUUGUAUUCUCUUAUCAAUGAGGCAUUCCGCAUCUUGGAGGAGGGGAUGGCUUCUAGCCCAGAGCACAUUGACGUCAUCUACUUUAACGGGUACGGGUGGCCCAGGCACACGGGCGGGCCCAUGCACUAUGCUGCCUCCGUUGGGUUGCCCACGGUUCUAGAGAAACUGCAGAAAUACUACAGACAGAACCCUGAUGUCCCCCAGCUAGAGCCCAGCAACUACCUGCGAAAGCUGGUUGCCCAGGGAAGUCCUCCUUUGAAAGAAUGGCAAAGCUUAGCAGGGCCCCACAGCAGUAAACUAUGACUUAGCCAUCUGCACUUCGCCAACUACACUGGCAUCUAAUUCCAGUGUGGUUCAUUCCUAGAAUCCGAAGAGAUUGCUCUCAAGUAUACAUCAUGAUUGAUGAUGAUGAUGAUGAUGAUGAUGAUAACUGGUCAGCAAAAGCUCCUCUCUGUAUCUUUCUACCUCAUGAUUCUAUUGGCCAGAUUUCAGGACUGUGUUUUCUAUACCUCUUACUGCACUAUCUGAAAAUUUCAGUGAAAUGUACUUAGUAAUACAAGAAUUCUUCUCUUUUGACUUUUUGCCUUGCAUCACAAAAACUUACUCAAAAUGUUGCUAGUAGAAUAAUUCAUAAUAACCCCAAAUUGACAACCCAGAUGUGCCUUAGAGGAUCAACAAAAAGUGGCAUAUGUCAGCAAUUGACACUUUUUAGCCGUGUGAAGUAAUUGACGCGUGUUAUAACAUGGUGCUGGGUUAGGACACAGUUUUAAGGGAGAGGAGGCAGGCAGAAACGAUCACAUGUCCUAUGGUUAUGGGUAUGAAAUUCCAGAAUAUACAGAUCUGUGGACAAAGUAGAUAAGUAGCCUGAGGCUGUAACUGUGAGAAAUAAAAUUACUUCUGAUAGAUACAGAAUAUCUUCGGAGGUUGAUCAAUGUUUCCGAAACCGCUUUAGUGGUGGAUACAUAACACCACAAAUAAACCAAAACACACUGAAUUGAAUGGAUCAAAGCGAGCUAUGCUGUACAUGUGUAUAAAGUUAAUAAAAUUGAUGGUGAUAAAGCUUU